GUUCCACAGUUAAGUAAUAUAAUCUUACGCAGAGCGUGUGAAAAUUUUCUUGCCAAGCAAUUACGAUGGUCAACCUGCGAUAUGGCUAUACUAUAAUUUACUUAUAUGUGUUUAUCAUAUUCAAUGAUAUUUCUGUCGAUGGAGUGUGUGAUAAAUCGAAGUGUAAAGGUCCACUCAAAUAUUACGAGGAUUUAAAUUGCGUACCGAUCUAUGGCAGUAACGACAGUUGCUGCCCCAUCAGAUACAACUGUCAACAUCUCGAAGGAAGAUCCAUAGAUAAAUGCUAUUAUAAGGGACGCGAAUACAACGUGGGUGAAAAACUCAGAGAAGAAGAUGCAAGCCCGUGUGAUAUUGGUUGUUUCUGCUCGCCAGGCUGGCAAGGCCCAGCAAAGUUCAGUUGUGCCAUAGUCGAUUGUUUCAAUAGAGGGGCACCCGGAUGUUAUCUAAAACACUCGCAUGAUCAAUGCUGUCCCGGACCUCAAGUAUGCCCUGAAAAGGAUUCCGAUAUCCCACAAUGUGUAGUUGACGGACAAACAUACUUGGAUGGUCAACAUUUCACACCAAAAUCAGAUCCGACACUAGAUUGUAUUUGUAUGGAGGGAUACAGAGGAGAAAAUAUCACGCCAUUUUGUAAACAGCCGGAACCAUUUUCUUGUAAAGUAGAACUACGUCACGCUGAUGAUAUAUUUAAUAAAUGCGCCCCAGCAUUUUACGCUUCGCAAAACCCAGCUACAGACUGUAAUUUAUUUUCUAGGUGUCAAAACAAAAAUGAUACGGUAAUAACACCUGAACAUGCAACUGUAACUACUGGAGUUUCAAACUCCACGGACGGAGAUUUCACCUGUAAAUUUGGAAACUUAACAAUGAAAGUUGGAGAUGAACUGAACUCGGGAACAGACUACAGCUCAGUUUGCCUAAAGUGCGUCUGCGAAGUACCGCCAAUUCCCACAUGCCAACGACUCCCCGAUAGCGAGUGUGACGUCACUGUUCACGCCAACUUCGAUUAGCUUUUACUGCAGCUGAAAAUUCAUGUUACUAUUAAUUAUUCAAAUAGAUAUUACCGUAGAGAUCU